GACGCAAGUUAGUAGCCACAAGGAAGGCAAGAAAGUCCACGCUUGUUCAGCAAGACACGUGCUAUCGGGACUUCCCGUUGCCUACUACGUCCAGCUGCGCUAUCCUUUCGAUGGUCAUGUUCAGAUGUGCAACGAUGAGAAAAACAUUGCUCGCGCUCUGCCGACUGUCAUCACCGGUCAAAGCGACCGUCGCGGCGAAGUGCUGCGAUGCCAGAGCAGGCUGUAUCCGCCCCUGGUCCUCUAUCUCAACCCAGCAUUAUUGGCUGUGUCGAAGAACGUAUCAGACAACUUGGCCUCCUACCCAGAACAAGGUUACCCGGACCAGCAGUCGUAAGGGGCAUUUCCUGAGCACCACAUCUAUACUUCACACCGAUACGUCACAAUACGACGGCUGCUCCUGUGGCGUCAGAACACUGUCGCCUAAUGUCGCCGUCAGCCUUCGAGCACAUAUACCAGCUUCACUUCGCGAAAUCCACACCUCAUCGACUAGCAGAACGAGAGUAACAGAGCCUUUCAAUCAGCAUAUGAUGAAAUACGUCAUCGCUUUUGGCAGCAACAUGGGCGACCGCUUUCAUUGGAUCGAGCGAGCGUGUCGGGAGAUGGAGGAAGCAAGCAUCCAUAUUUACGCAACUAGUGGCCUUUGGCAAACUAAGGCUAUGUACGUUGAAGACCAGGACGAUUUUCUCAACGGCGUUUGUAUGGCCGAAACGUUUCUCGAGCCCAUUGAGUUGAUGAAGGUACUGCAAGCUAUUGAGAGCAAGAUGGGCCGUGUAAAGCUUCUUGACAAAGGUCCGAGAAACAUCGACCUGGAUAUUAUUCUCUGGGAACGCGGCCAAUUUCGAUCUCUAGAACCGGACCUGACUAUACCACAUCCGCUGAUGGAGGAACGUGACUUCGUCUUGGCUCCUUUGUGCCAACUAUUACCCACAGCUUGCGCGAAAGAGUCAUCAACGAAUUCGAUCCCAGAAACAUUCAUCCACAACCGGAAUAAGCAACCUUAUAGAGUUAUACUGGAACAUUUGUGGAACGAAAAAAUGAAGUCAGGGAGCUCUCCCAUAUUACGCCCGAUCAAUCCUUGCACAUUACUGGGCAAGGCCAUACGACCGAUCGUACCCAGUGAAGCCUCGAAGAAGACCCACGUCAUGUCUAUACUAAACGUAACACCUGACUCCUUCUCCGAUGGUGGCCAGCACGUGUCGGAUGAUAAAUCAUACCUCCACUCAACGAUACUCUCCCAUCUCCGAUCUGGUGCAACAAUUAUUGACCUCGGAGGCCAGUCAUCUCGUCCUGGCGCACCAGACGUGUCUGCCGCGGAUGAAAUCGCGCGUCUUAGACCUGCCCUUGAAGUUCUGUCUUCACUCCGUGAAGACCCAAGCACGCCGUCGUUUGCGAUUAGCGUGGAUACGUAUCGCGCCUCAGUAGCUGCUGCUGCCAUUCAGGCUGGUGCGGAUAUUGUCAAUGAUAUUUCGGCUGGAGCACAAGACGAGCGUAUGUUGUCCACAGUUGCCGAUCUUGGUUGCACAUAUGUAAUUAUGCAUAUGCGAGGUACUCCACAAACGAUGUCAUCUAGAAAGAACACGACAUACGACGAUGAUCUCGUUACUACGAUCAGAGACGAGCUGCUCGACCGUGUUAUCGCAGCAGAAAAUGCUGGAAUCCGUCGCUGGCGGAUAAUCUUGGACCCAGGAAUCGGUUUCGCGAAGACGGCAGUUCAGAACCUGGAAAUUUUGAGGCGGGCGCCAGAAUUCACCUCAGCAAAUGGGCGGGGACGUGUUACCAAUGGCGCAUAUCGUACGUUGGAUGAGAUCCCGUGGCUUUUUGGGUCGAGUCGCAAGGGUUUCAUAGGCGCAAUCACGGGAGUGAAGGAGGCGAGUGAACGGACAUGGGGCACAGCAGCCACCGUGGCUGCAGCGGUUCAUGGUGGAGCAGACAUUGUACGCGUGCAUGACGUUGAAGAGAUGACGCAGGUCACAAGGAUGAGCGAAGCCAUUUGGAGACGAGACAUCGUUCCUGCCCAAACAUGACAAGAUGAUCAAGUUUUAUGUACAAGAAGUGAAUUUAUCCUUAUCAAUCGCCAUUGCUUGAGACUUGUAUAAAGAGUAGGGAGAAGUCCAGCCAUCUGAAAAGAUGUCAGAAAUGUAUUGUACGUUAGUCAUGAACAGUCUCUUACCGUUCCAGAGUUAUCUUGUUCAAGAAAACAACUCAACGAAGGUCUCAAAC